AUGGGUGUGUUAUCGAGACAGAACCUGUUGCUUUCUUGGCAAGUAAUUGGACUGAUUAGUAUUGGGGUGGUGCUUAGAAUGGCACGGGUUGAUCAAUGGCUGGAUCGAGUGAGCUAUUAUGACGUGGUUGAGGGAUAUGGAUAUCAGCGCGGCAAUCCUUAUGCGGAGGAGCCUUAUAUGCUAACUAGAUUGGUUUGCUGGAUAGUGCCUGAGUGGGGCUUUGACUGGUUUAUGCUGGCGUGUGAUGGACUGACGGCAUGGUUAUUGAAUGAUUACUGGUACUUUGUUCUGGGAUCGGCUUUGCCGGUUGAUGCGGUUGGUGUGCUGGGUCUAGGAGUUGCGUUGGCUUACUGCUGGGGAGGACGAAGAGGCCGAGCGCUUUUGGGAGGAAUGCUGGUGGAGAAUACGGCUAAUAAGUGCCAGCCGGGGAUUAAUCCGUUCUGGUACGUGAAUAUACAGAUGCUGGACCAGUACCAAGCUAUGCACCACCAGAUCUUCUAUGCCACUCACUAUUUAUUCUGGGGACUAUCAUGGGCAGCACAGGAAUGGACAACUCAGCUGUUUAUGGGGUUGGUUUUUAAAGAGGGCGGGUACAAGAUGUACUUGCUCUUAUGGCGAUUGCUGGCACGGGAGAUGGUGAUGUUGCCGGAGUAUAAGUGGGUCUUUGGGUGCUUGGAAGGGAUAGGUGCGUUGUGCUAUCUUUUGGAGAGUCUUAUUUGGUGGUUGCUUGUGCGCUGUGGUGUGGGCAAUAUGAAUUUCUUAUGUUGGGUGACACUAAUCUUUAUCCUAUGCUCGGCGGCAGCUACACUUUUAGUUGAAGUAGGCAAGCGAGAUGGCAAAAUGGCUGCGGCCAAAGCAGUGAAGGCUAAGUCUGUUUAA